AUGAACAUCAUUUUCUCAACUGCUAUUAUCCUUUUCAGUCUAGCGCAUCUAGUGAAUGCAGUUUGUGAAACUGGUAACAACUAUAUACCAUAUUUUUCGACGCUUCAAACUUUUUUUGCAGAAGAUUACUGUCCGGGUGGUUGGAAUGUGAUGAGAAAAGGUGAUGAUACCCCACAAACGUGUGACGCCAUGGCCGGAGUAAAAUGUGCCAAACCGUAUUCGUGUGUACAUUCUCGGUGUGGGAUGGACUUCUGUUGUGCUCAUACAUGUAAGUGACAUGUUUAGAACUUUUUUAAUCACCAGAAAACUCUGAAAAUUUUUUAACAUUUUGCUCAUCCAGUUUUUGGAGGCAGUCUUCCUCGUCGGUCCCAUUUUUCUGUUAGCAGAUAUAACUUUUCGCAAUCGUAUUUUCCGGCCGUGUUUUUCCAAUAACAGUAUUAUUUACAGUGAAAAUAGAGCAAUUCAAACGUCAACAGGAAAUUGAGCAAGACAUCAAAGAAGCAGAAUUGGAGGACGAUGAACUCUAA